UCCCCGAGCCCUAGUUUCGUUUCAAAUUGGAGAAUUGAGACAUUCCAUUGCUUCGUAUCGUGGAUCGAAGCUACCGAAUCCGCUUAACUUUGCACUGUCAUUCUCUCGGACAGCCGCAGAUUAAACGCUGAUAGAUGGGUCAGAUUCAGUACUCUGAGAAGUACUUUGACGACAUUUACGAGUAUAGGCAUGUGGUGCUCCCACCCGAAGUGGCAAAGUUACUUCCUAAGAGUCGCCUGCUCUCUGAAAAUGAGUGGCGUGCAAUUGGAGUUCAGCAGAGUCGUGGGUGGGUGCACUAUGCUAUUCAUCGUCCCGAGCCGCAUAUCAUGCUAUUCAGGAGGCCCCUGAACUACCAACAGCAACAGGAGAACCUUGCCCAACAAAACGUUGUUGCUAAAUGACUGUUUCAUUUGGUUGAUUAUGUGAAAUGCUACUGGAAAGAAAGAAGACACUCAAUAAUCAGUCAUAUAAUGGUUUUAAUAUGAAAAACCAUACAUACUUUCUUGGUAUCAAUCCUCUUCCUGCUUAAAAAAUCUGCAGGAGUUUCUAUGUUUACCUCAACUCUGUAUGGUUGUAGAGGUGGCUUGGCUUAUAUAUAUGCUUUCUGUAUCUUAGCUGGACUCUGCAAUUCUAUGAACCAAAGGUGGAUUUGAUGGAUCUUGAUCCUUAACUCUAUGUGAAGAGGUGAAUUAUUUUUAUGCUUUAUUUUUGCGUGACUUUGAUUUUAUGGUUUUGGAACGAAAUAUGGAUUUCGGUAUCAUAAUGAUCAUGCUCCUUUUCUUGUACGAGAUUAUAUUA